AUGCUGGCCAGCACCGGCUGCCUGCUGUUCUUGCGCGCCACCUCCAACAAGGCCAGACGGGCAAGCCAAUUCUACCUCAUCCAGCAUGAACUUCCUGUCCUCCGGAAGCGAAUCAGUCUUGGCGGCGCCACUCUCUCGGUCUGGCUUGUCGGCUUAAUUCUUGCGACCACAGGGUUUUGGGCUCAGCCGCUCCUUGAAUACUGGGCGAUAAGGACAGUGCCACUGGACUGGACGACUGCAAAGAUACGCCUCGCCGUGACAGGCAUCAUUGGGCACCAUGCAGAUUUGUUGCUCGGGCUGGUGAUCAUACCGGUGUCCAGGAACAGUCUUCUUGGGCAAGCAUUUGAGCUGCACCAGAGCACGCUUCUGUACGCGCACAAACUGAUCGCCUAUCUUCUCUUUGCUGCGGCUCUUGCACAUGGAGCCGCAUAUUAUUUUUUCGUUGGUGCAUAUCGCCCAGCCCUUCCAGAACGGAAAAUGGCUUUCAACAUCGACAACCCGACCCAAACAAUUGAGGAAGCAGAACAGGGUAGUGGAUGGUAUUAUGCCACACUGCCGGCUGGCAUGAUCGGGUUCCUGCUAAUGGUCACGAUCAUCAUCACCUCGCUCCCAGCCCUGCGACGCAAAAGCUACAACACUUUCUACUAUGUGCAUGUGAUAUGCAGCUUCUGGGCCUUCGUUGCGUUAAGCGUGCAUGCCAGCACCGACUUCUACUUCCUCCUUCCCGGACUUAUACUUUGGAUAGCGGAUUGGUGUUGGAGGUUUUUCCGAGGCACAAGCGGCGGCUUGGGCAAAAAGGUUGUUGGCACAAUCGAAAACGCCGGGGAAGGAUGGUACAGAAUCUCUCUCCCAGCGUCGGCAAAAUCCAUUGAUGAACCAGGUGCUGCGGAAAAGGAGGCUGCAAUCACGCAUCCGGUGCAGUCUUAUAAUUUGGUCCUCCCAGAAAUCAGCAAAACACAGAACCACGCGUUCACAGUCGCCAAGGUUGGCUCCGUGGCAGAGGGGCCAGUUUUCCUGCUGCAACGGGCGCAGGGAAAGGUGACAAAGAAGCUGGAGAAGGAGUGGACCUGGAAACUUGGUGCAGUCGUUGCUGAGGUUGGGAGCCGACGGGAAGUUGAAAUGAGGGUUGAGGGCCCUUACUACCCAAGCGAUGUUGGCUUUGCAGUUGCCUCACGAGUCAUUUGCAUCGUUGGAGGCACGGGACUCACGGGAGCGUACAGCCUCGCUAUGUGGUGGUUGAAACAUCGUUCCCAGGACCAGCAAGCCGAGUUCCAGCUGGUAUGGACUGUGCGGUACAACAACAUGACUAACCUUCGUGAAUGGAAGCAACUAGGGGACACGGUCACCUCUGUUCCAAACAUGGCCAUUCGGGUCCAUGUCAGCUCGGAAUCCGGUCGCAUGGACACUGAAGGAUACCUGCGGGACAUGCUGUCGACUGGCUCCAGAAGUACAACUAUUCCAGACAUGCGCCAUAAAGCCUGGGUGUAUGUUUCAGGCCCCGAAAGCCUCUUGAGCUCAACAGAAAUGGCGUGUUUAGCAACACGAAGGAAAGUCAGAAAUGGUCGGAGGCAACAGGAUUCACACCCAUGGCUUGUGGCUGACCUAGAGUGGUUUUCUGCAAAAUGGGAAGUGUAA